AUGAGCAGCCACCGCUUCAGCCCGCGCGAAGGGCCAGAUAGCGCGCUGGGGCCAUCUGUCACCCUCCAACGGAAACCAACAUUUCUGGGCAGGCUCACGACCUUCAUCGGGCAAAAGAAGCUGGACCACGUCCAGUCCCUGCGCAUCGAGGACCUCGACGCGCGAUCCGCCGAGCUCCUCGCCAUGCUCGACCUCGACGGCUCUGGCACCAUUUCGCUCGAGGAGCUCCGCGCAGCCGCGGACCAGCUCGCCUUCGAGCGCCGCAUACGCAAGAGACUGACGCUGGCGAUCGGGCUGCUCCUCGGGGCGCUCAUCGUCCUCCUCCUCGCGACCUUCGGCGUCUCGAUCGCGGCGGUGGAGCUCGCGAAGCAGGUCAAGGCCAGCAGCGACGGCACGAUGCGCUCAGCGGGAGGCGGCAGCGCCGGCGCGGUCGUCAACGGCGGCGCGGGCGCCGUCAACGUGCCGGCCGAAGCUGCGUCCACGCAGGGUCGCCGGGCCCGCGCCCGCGCGCGCCGCAUGCAGGCCGGUUCGCCCGUCCUGCCGACCCUCGAGCCCGUGGCUGAGUACGGGCGCGCGGCGUUCGUGCAGGGCGCGUGCGCGUCCGUGGCCGCGGGGCACGACGCGACGAUCGCCGGCGGGGACGUGCUCGGGCCGGUGGUCGUGCCGGCCGCGGCGCUGGACGGGGUGUGCGCCGCGGAGCAGGCGUUCGAGAGCGGCGACGAGAGCGUCGGCGGCGCAACGGUGUCGUUCGCGUUCCAGCGGGACGCGGAGGGCGAGAGCGAGGAGCUCACGCUGUCGUGCGACCCGCCCGCGACGACGGACGGCCGAUGCACGCUCCUGCGGCCGCGCCCAGCGCCGCCAAUCGACAACUACUUCAACGUCGGCAACGCGAGCGUUGGCAACACCACUACGCGGCGGCGCGUGCUUGCGGACACGGGGCCGCUGUUCUCCGGCACCCCUGUGCCCGGCAAGUCAUACGGCUUCACGGACGUCUUCUUCGCGGUCCCGGACGACGCCAGCGAGUUCUACACGUGCGACGUCGCGGCGGGGUCGUGUUCGGACGCCCUCAUGACAUCCGUGGAGGUCGGCGCGCCACCGCUGAUCUUCAGCGCGGGCAUGCGGCUGUGGACGACGGUACAGGACGCGAAGGCCGCUAGCGACCUUGCGCUGAACCGCGCGGGGCUCGCGUGGCACGUCGCGCUGGGCCCGUCCCGGCGCGUCAUCCGCGUGCGCCUGCCGCCCGCGACGGUGUGCGCGCCGCUCGACGCCAGCAUCCACGGCCUCGUCUACCUCCUCGCGCGCGCCGUGCAGCCAGGCGGGGCCGCGUGGGGCUCCGGGCUGUCGACGAACAGCGCCUUGUGGCGCAAGCGCGAGGGCGUCGAGUACUCCCUGUCCCCGGGGGGCUUCGUGGACACGGGCGUGCUGCACGCCAGCGACGUCGCGCGGAUCCCGGAGCUGGUGUGCCCCGAGGGCGGCCGGGGGGAGGUCCAUGUCAGUCUUGGAUACGCCAAGGUGGUUGUUGGGUCGGACGGGAAAGGGAAGAGCAAGAAGGGCCCGUUCGCGUUGUCGUUCGCGGGGGCGCUGAGCAACAGCCCCGCGGCGCAGGAGGAGGCGGCGGCGAGCGACGACGUGCUGCGGCGCGCGCUGCUGUCCGCGACGCAGAAGGCCAAGUGCGACGACAUCCUGGCGGGCGUCAACGACCCCGUGCUGUGA